AUGUCGUCAAAUAAUUAUUUUUCGUUUGCGCACGGAGGAACACAGUACGGGCAAGCUGGUUCCUAUCAAGCUGCUCAAACAGGCUAUGCUGUUACACCAGCUAGUUACACUACACAAAGAACAGGUUAUGAAACAGCUUAUCAACCAGCUCCUACUAAUUCAACACCAGCCACCGCUUAUGCUGGAACUUAUGGAGCAGUAGGAGCUGGUGCAACAACUGCUGCAACAUAUGAUUAUGGUUAUGGAAGACCAGCUGCAGCUGCAUAUGAAACACCAAAAACUUAUUACCAACAACCUGCUGCUGCUACAUAUUCAACUACACAAUAUGAGCAAGCUAUCAAACCAGCCUACAACACUACAAAUGCGUACACGGGCGCGACGAGGCAAGUUUCUCAAACUACACAAGCAAAAGCAAAUUAUACGGGAAACUACCAAACACAAGCCCCUCAGCCGGUUGCUCCAACUUAUUCGACAAAUUAUUCAAAUACAGCUCAACAGCAACAAACGGCAACGCAAACACAAAAUAAACCAGAAAAAAAGCCUACAAAGUAUAUGCCAGCCAACACGGCUAAUUAUCAAACUCAAACAUUAUCUCAAGUUGCUCCUAAUUCAGCUGCAAAUUCUGCAUAUUCAACAAAUUACACCACUCCUCAAGUUCCACCUCAGCCAGUCGCAAAUCCAGUUCAAACUGCUUCCACAGCUGCUCAAACUUCUGCUUCUAGUACUGCAUACCCUGGUUACGAAGCUGUUAUUUGUAGCAGAACCUCUGUGUUUAUGGCUCAACAAGCAAGUGGAGGCAAUACAACCUCUGUAAAUAAACCAGUUAUGGGCAAGCCAGUUCCCGGUACACAUUGGCAGACUUAUAAAAAAUCCGGAGUAGUUGGAGCGGGUGGAAUCCGAAAAUUAAAACCCGCUCCAAAACCUCAACAGUUAUUAUAUUGCGAAGUAUGUAAAAUUAGUUGUGGUGGUCCUCAGACGUACCGUGAACAUUUGGAAGGGCAAAAACACAAGAAAAAAGAAAGCGCGGCCAAAAUUAUUGGGACACCUGCUCCGCCUCCGGCUCGCCAUAGUAAUUCUUUAGUGUGCGAAUUGUGUGAGGUCACUUGUACAGGAAAUGACGCUUAUGCUGCUCAUAUUCGAGGAGCGAAACACCAAAAGGUUGUCAAACUUCAUACUAGGCUUGGAAAACCGAUACCGACUGCCGAUCCAGUUGUCGUUAAAAAGCCAGAGCAGCCUGUAAAAGCAGCGACAGUGAAACCCCCAACAACAACAACAACAGCAGCAGCAGCAGUAGCAACAACAACAACAACAACAACUACUACUACUGCUACAACAGCUACUUUCGUAGACGGGGAAUCAUCCGAGAUGGACACUUCAGAACCUGAUAUAGAACCCGUCGGGUUCGAUUAUAUUGAAGACCUCAAAAGCGAAGAUGGUAAACUUGUUUUUAAUUGUAAAUUAUGCGAAUGUAAAUUCAAUGAUCCCAAUGCCAAAGAAAUGCAUAUGAAGGGUCGACGUCACAGACUGCAAUAUAAGAAAAAAGUUGAUCCUCAAUUAGUUGUCGAUGUCAAACCAAAUAACAAAUCAAAAAAAUUACACGAAGAGAAAAUUAGAAGGCAUCAAAGGGAAGAAUUUUACAGGCAGAGAGAGGAGGCUUGGGGUGGUUAUCCAGUGCCUCCAAUGGUACCCAGAUCUUUUCCUCACGAAGGUCCUCACGCUAUGUACGGAAUGUUUUACCCGUUACGUAAACCAGAUACUUCUGAUGAUCGUCAUGUGAUUAAUCGACAUGCCAGUAUUUACCCUAAAAAAGAAGAGUUGGACGCUGUUCACAAAAUCGUAUCUCACAAUGAAAAAGCUUUAAAACUAGUCUCGGAUCUUUUAACUGAAGAAAUGGCUAAAAAAACUGGCAAAGAAGAAACGCAAUCUCGUAUGCUUAAAGGUGCCAUGAGAGUUGGAUGUUUGGCUAAAGGCCUUCUAUUGAGUGGAGAUACCGCUGUUGAUCUUGUAGUUUUAUGUGCGGAGAAGCCAACACGAACGUUGUUGUUUAAAGUCGCGGAAAAUCUUCCUAAACAGUUGCAAGUAGUUGCUCCUGAAGAGAAGUACAUGGUUCAAAAAAAACCAGAGGAUGCUGCGAUCACGAUAAUGGACACAAAAGAACCCCACUACACGGUGACAAUCACUUUGACGUCUCCUCUCAUGAGGGAGCAGCCUGCUGUUGAAACUCCUACCGGUGAGGGGAAGUCCGCGGAGCCCAAGAAGCCUGUCCAAAAGGAUCCGCCAGAUGUCCUUGACAAGAGCAAAUGUCUCGACGCUUUAGCCGCUCUUAGGCAUGCUAAAUGGUUUCAGGCUAGAGCAAACGGGUUGCAAAGUUGCGUCAUGAUCAUUCGGAUAAUUCGAGAUCUCUGUCAGCGAGUUCCCAUUUGGGCACCUCUAAACAGUUGGGCCAUGGAGUUGCUGGUGGAAAAAGUCAUAAGUUCUGCCAGUUGUCCUCUCAGUUUAGGAGAUUCUCUGAGGCGAGUCAUGGAAGCCGUGGCUUCGGGGAUUUUACUUCCCGGCGGUCCCGGACUCACGGAUCCCUGCGAAAAAGAACCCGUGGACGCACUCGGAAAUAUAUCAAAUCAGCAAAGAGAAGAUAUCACAGCUUCGGCGCAGCACGCUUUGAGACUGAUUAGUUUUCGACAGAUCCAUAAAGUUUUAGGCAUGGAUCCUCUACCUCCUCUCAAAUUUAACAGAAUCAAUAGGUUUCUACGUAAGAGAAGACGCGAGGGAAGUGGAGGAGAGAGCAGCGAGGGUAAAUGA